AUGACUGUGCGGUUUGUCGAGGAUCAUUUCGUCGAGUCGUACUAUCCCACGAUCGAAAACCAGUUUUCCAAAGUUAUCAGGUACAAAAACCAAGAUUAUGCCAUAGAGAUUUUGGACACAGCGGGGCAGGAUGAGUUUAGUAUCAUGAAUGAGAAGCAUUUGGUCGGGAUCCACGGCUACUUGCUAGUGUACUCCGUGACGUCAAGACAAUCGUUUGAGUUGGUAGAUGUGAUCAGAGAUAAGAUUCUAAAUUCUAUUGGAGCAGACUCGAUGCCGAUGGUGUUGAUUGGGAACAAGUGUGACUUGAAUUUCCAGAGGCAGGUGGAGACCAGUGAGGGAGAGGCGCUUGCGAGGAAGUACAAUUGCACUUUCUUGGAAACGUCCGUGCGGGAUAACAUCAACAUUACGAAGUCAUUCGAGGCGUUGGUUGACGCGAUUGAAAAGGUCCAGAACCCCGAGGCACCAAAGCAAGAUAAGUGUGUGAUUGUGUGA